GAGCGUUAGAAACAAACAACCUUGGCCUUACCCACCUCCGUCUCGCUUCUGUUAUGAUUGAAAAGUUGUUCCUUACUUUGGCUACGCUCGCGCUUCUUCACGCCGCAUACUCCACGUACGAACAUUUGUCACUUUUGAAGGCUUUGGGAAAGCCCGAAGGAUCAUUACCUCUAGAUAUCGUGUAUGAGAGCAUUCUUGCGCUCAUUCUUGGGCUGCUUGGAGCAUCCUUGAAUGCUCCACCAUUGAAAGACAUCACUUGGGCAAGUGAAAUGAAGAAGCGGACAAUUGACGGAAUGGAUUCACGACUGGGAUUCGCACACUACAAGUCUCGCGGAAAGUUUUUGUUUGCGAGUCCACACGAUGCUAAAAUAUGAAGUGUUGCCGAUCAAUUGUUCAUCAUAUGCAUGCCAAAUGUUGCGCGGGUAUAUAACAUAACACUGCACAACGUUGUAACUAGCCUCAGUCGUCAUCAUCCCCGCCAGAUUUCUUCUUGGUUUUCCGUUUUUCUUUUCGGGCUUUCCUUUGAUCCUCCUUUUCGGCAGCAGCAUCCAUCGCAAGAAAAUCG